AGCAGUUUACGGAGCACUUAAUAUCAUUUAUGACUUAGAUAGUAUGGGAAACAACGUGGGAGUGAAAUUAAAACAAAAUUUACAACUGUCUGGAUUUUACAUGUACUUGUACAUGUAGGUUUUAACUUGGCAAUAAAAACUGACAAUCGUUUAUGUGACUUAGAUGAUAAAAGAACUUUGAUACAGAGUUAAGUGUGUGCUUUUGACUUUGAUAUCAAAACUGUUCAAAACAUUGCAUUCAUUUUUGGAGGUUUCGCUUGUGAGUUUGGAUUAUUUUCCAUCAAUUAGCCAUGGACAUAGAAGGCUUGCGACAGCGCCUGAACGCAGCUGGACAGGGCCAUCUGAUCCAGUUCUGGGAAACCCUCUCUGAUGGGGAGAAACAGUCACUCUACAAUGAACUCAAUCACAUGGACUUCAUGGAGAUCAAUGGGUUCUUUGAGAGUUCCAUGCAGUCCCUGAAGCAUGUCGCGGACAAGUUGGACGACCUGCUUGAGCCCUUGCCGGGAGAUGUGUUUGGAAGCGUGACGCGCACCAGUAGUGACAAACUGGACGAGUACAGAACAAAAGGUCUCACAGCCAUAGCCAACAACAAUGUUGCGGUAUUGCUACUAGCGGGAGGUCAGGGGACUCGAUUGGGGGUCAAUUACCCCAAGGGAAUGUACAAUGUAGGCCUGCCUUCUGGGAAAACACUUUACCAAAUCCAGGCUGAAAGAAUACUCAAGGUGCAAGAGAAUGCCAAGGUUUUGAUGGGCAAAUCUUGUGAAGUGCCAUGGUAUAUAAUGACAAGUGAGCACACCAAAGAACCAACUCGUCAAUUUUUUGCUAACCACAACUUUUUCGGCCUAAAAAAAGAAAACGUGGUGUUGUUUGAGCAGAAUCUCCUCCCAUGCAUUGGGUUUGACGGGAAAAUCUUCCUUGACAGUCCUGGCAAGGUCGCCUUAGCACCAGAUGGUAACGGUGGCCUGUACAGAGCACUACGAAAGAGCCACAUUCUCAAGGACAUGGAGCAGCGAGGCAUACAGUAUGUGCAUGUGUAUUGCGUGGACAAUAUCCUUGUGAAAAUGGCCGACCCAGUCUUCCUGGGCUUCUGUAUGGACAAGGGUGCUGACUGUGGUGCAAAGGUAGUAGAGAAGGCAUUACCUACGGAGGCUGUUGGUGUGGUGUGCAAGGUGGAGGGAAAGUACCAGGUGGUGGAGUACAGCGAGAUCACAUUACGUACCGCAGAGAAACGAAACCAGGAUGGGAGACUCACAUUCAACGCAGGCAAUAUCUGCAACCAUUUCUUCACCCUUGACUUCCUGAAUCUAGUCACUGAUCCACAACAGGAGUCUGAGCUAAAACACCAUGUUGCUAAGAAGAAGAUUCCAUAUGUAGACAGUGCUGGCAAGCUGAUCAAACCUGCAGAACCCAAUGGCAUCAAAAUGGAGAAAUUUGUGUUUGAUGUCUUCCACUUUACCACUGACAGGUCAUUUGCGGUCUGGGAAGUCCUGCGUGAGGAAGAGUUCUCUCCCUUGAAAAAUGCUGACAGCGCUCCGAAAGAUACCCCUACCACGUGUCGCAACGACCUUUUUGGUCUGCACAGACGAUGGGUGGACAAAGCAGGCGCCAAGUUUACUCACAAAGAUGGGUCAGUCAUUCCAGCUAUUACUAGCUCCGCAAACUGUGCUGGGGGAACCGGGGACAGCAAGCAGACCUCUGAAGAAUUCAAUGAGGUUGUCUGCGAAGUUUCACCGCUGGUCUCGUAUGAAGGGGAGGACCUGGAGGCAGUGGUUUGUGGUCAAAAGUUCCUAUCCCCAGUUAGGCUGGAGAGAGGGGGAGAUGGUGAUGUGGUCAUUUUGCAAGGAAGCAGCUGAUUUGUUGAGACAUUUUUUACACGGCAGCUCAUUAGUGAAGAUUUAAUUUAGUGUUUUUAAAGUGAUUUUUUCUGUUUUUGAACGGUUUGAUGCACACACAAUUUAGAUAGUGGUUAAAUAAUUUUUUGAAAUAUUGCUUUAUAUUUUAAUGUCCGAAGGUUCAUUUGAUGAAUUAUUACUUGUUAAACAGUUUAUUGUUAUUGUAUAAUAAUGUAUUUAUAUAAGUUAGGUUUGUGAUAGUGAAGAUGUUUUUGUCUUUUUGUAAAAGUUCCAUUUUCCAAACUUGGAACAAUUUAUGUAUUUUAUUUCUUUGUUAGAGAACAGUCAUUUUAUCAAUGUGUCACAAUUUCAUUUGCAAGCAUUUUAUCAUCUAUCUCUUAAUGAAGCCUUUUAAGAACGACUUUCAAUUGUGCAUAUUUAUGCCCCCCUUCGAAGAAGAGGGGGUAUAUUGCUUUGCACAUGUCGGUCUGUCGGUAUGUCGGUCAGUCCACCAGGUGGUUUCCGGAUGAUAACUCAAGAACGCUUGGGGCUAGGAUCAUGAAACUUCAUAGGUACAUUGAUCAUGACUCACAGAUGACCCCUAUUGAUUUUGAGGUCACUAGGUCAAAGGUCAAGGUGACCCAAAAUAGUAAAAUGGUUUCCGGAUGAUAACUCAAGAACGCUUAGGCCUAGGAUCAUGAAACUUGAUAGGUAGAUUGAUCAUGACUUGCAGUUGACCCCUAAGGAUUUUUAGGUCACUAGGUCAAAGGUCACAGUGAUCCAAAAUAGUAAAAUGGUUUUUGGAUGAUAACUCAAGAACGCUAAAUUAUGCCUAGGAUCAUGAAACUUCGUAGGUAGAUUGAUAAUGGCUGGCAGAUGACCCCUAUUGAUUUUCAGGUCACUAGGUCAAAGGUCAAGGUCACGGUGACCCGAAAUAGUAAAAUGGUUUCCGGAUGAUAACUCAAGAACGCUUAUGCCUAGGAUCAUGAAACUUCAUAUGUACAUUGAUCAUGACUCGCAGAUGACCCCUAUUGAUUUUCAGGUCACUAGGUCAAAGGUCAAGGUCACGGUGGCCCGAAAUAGUAAAAUGGUUUCCGGAUGAUAACUCAAGAACGCUUAUGGCUAGGAUCAUGAAACUUCAUAGGUACAUUGAUCAUGACUGGCAGAUGAUCCCUAUUGAUUUUCAGGUCUUUAGGUCAAAGGUCAAGGUCACAGUGACAAAAAAACAUAUUCACACAAUGGCUGUCACUACAACGGAGAGCCCAUAUGGGGGGCAUGCAUGUUUUACAAACAGCCCUUGUUCUUUUGGAAAAUCUCUUCAACAUUUGUUUAUACAUUUUAUAUUUGCUUUUAAAUGUUUUAAUCUUAAUUUAUUUUCCAUUAGAACCUGUAAAACCUCCAUGCUCACAAUCAAACAGCCCAUUAGUCUGUCUAUACUUAGAUAACAAGUAUUGAAACCCAUUUUGUAUUGCUCAGUUAUCAAUCCCUAUGUGAUGAAACUUUGAUAAUCAGUUAAUAGCAGACUAAUUAUAUAAUUGGAAACUAUUACUUUUGCUGAGGUCAACCAGAGAUCUUGACCAUGAAAGUAGUUUAAAGACAAAGAACAUUAUACACUACUUGAUACUCAACGAAAAAAUAGGUCCUGAUCCCAACUGCACCAAUGCUGACUACAGCUCUAAUUAAGAAAAGACUGAACAUAUCAAGUUAGACUUAAAACAAUGUUUGCAUUAUUGUCAGUUGUUGGCCUGUCAUUCCAAACUGUUGUUUAGUGGCCAACAUGGUAGAUCAACAAAGGUACUUGAAAAAAAAACUAUGAAUAAAACACUAUAACUUAAUAUAAGGUUAAGAAACUUGUCAUAAAUAUCAUUCUUAAAAAAUAGAACUUAAUAUUAUAUUUAAAAAAACAAAAAUAGAUUGUGUUCUUAUGAAGUGGGUAGGACAAAAUCUAUAAUAAACACAUUUUCAGCAAAAAAUUAUUAUGUUGGGAUUGCAUGAAACCAUGGGGUAGAACAUCAAAUACCAUACAUGUUGUUUUUGCCUUUUUAUGGAUUGUUCUUAGGUAGUGAAGAUUUUAUGGGACACAAUCAUGUAUUAGAAGGAUGGGAGUGGGAGGGGGCGGGCAAGUUUGUCUGUAGGUAUUUUAGCUUGUAGCAAUAUUCAAACCGGUGUUAGCUGUGUAUUUAUAGUGAAUCUUUAGGGUGGUAGUCCUUUACCAAGUUAUAACAGCUGUGCUGUGGGUAUUUUUAUUGCGAGUACAUGGAGACUGUUUAAUUUAUAUAGCGUCGCUGUCGUUCUCAAACCUCGUAGCUCCAAAAUUUUCAAAAUAUUAUUUUUCGUCUUUUCCGAAUAUAUUAAGUCUGGCGCGUGUUUUGUGCUAUAUCUCGUAGCUCUACGCCAAUCAGAGCCCUUGAAAAAGCCACGUGACGAAAUGUUGUAGAACGAUUGUUGGCUUUUUUCCCAGCGAAAAGUCAUAGCGACGCCAUUUCACCUAUAGGUACGUCGUUUCGUUUGGACAAAUUUGACAAAAACGUUUUUAUAAUUUUUUUUAAUUUGCAACUACAACAUGUACGAGGUUUCCUAUCAGGACGAAUUGUCAUACCUCAUAAAAAUGACAAAACUGUGGUGACAAAAUAUUGUAGCUACCAUGUCUGACUGUCAGUAUGACUUAUCAGUAUGACUUACGCGUCUACGGCUUAUACCGUAUUUUGCAGCUUCAUUUGUUUGGUAUUUUUACAGAAUUUCAAUUUCUUAAACAUUGUUUUAAAAAAAUGAGACAGUUUUUUAUCUCUCCUGAAAAGUUGGCAUUUUGUAGCUACGAGGUUGAGAACGACAGCGACGAUAGUUUAUUUAUUGUAAAAAUGUAACAUUUUUAUGUUGUAUAAUAUGUUUUUGUGUAUGCUUAAAUUGCAAUUUAUUUAUUUUGCGUAGCUGUUUAACCCAGAUUUUCAACUUUUUUCUACCUUUGCAGCCAAUAAAAUGUUUUAGAUGAAA